AUGACGGAUUCAAUGAACAUCACCAUGGAUUGGUCACCCGCCAAGUCUCUCUCAGGCGAUCUGAAUCCCUUGAAGUCGGGCGACUCAACAGAAGUCAGCGACAGGGAAGAAGAGCAAGGCCGCAGAGUGCAGAGAAAGGAGCAGCGCAACGCGAAGAGAGGCCGAGAUGACAAAAACGAAGGCAGAGAGCACCGUCAUAACGUCGUUGGUGUCAAUGCCCUGCAACUCAAGAAAGGCUCGUCUCUCUUUGCAUUAAAACCUACGGCCAAGAGAGGUCGCGAUGAUGAAGGCGACAUGACCUUCAAAGGACAGCAGGACAACGCGGUAGACCAGAGAGCUUCAAAGAGGAAAUGCGACAACUCUGCCAAGGAUCGUAGGAUUCUGAGCAGUGCCUUCUUCGAGCUUGUUGAAAGAGGAGGGGGGGAAAUUCGAUACGAUGUCAAGGAGGACCCGUGGGGGUUGUCCAAAAAGCGUAACGUGGCUAAAAGUUCUUGGGAAAUGAGCACGAAGCGAUUUGACGAGGAAAUGUCCAUGCUCGAUGCAGCAAUGGUUGGAACUUCGUUGAAUCAAUAG